AUGGGGAGCAGCGUAAAGAGACUGACCAGUCAGCCGCCUUACCUCCAAGCCGCCUGCCUUUACGCUGCUGCUCCGCCGAAUGUGCAGGAGGUCCGCCUGGAGCCGGCCUCCGGUCCCCAGCAACAACAACAACAACCCGGCAGCGCCGGCCCGUCCCCCAGCAGCAAGUUCAAGCAGCAGCUGAAAAGGCAGCGCUCCUGUUCGCCCGAGUUACUGCGCUGCAAGCGGCGCCUGAAUUUCAGCGGCUUCGGGUACAGCCUCCCCCCGCAGCAACCGGCAGCGGUGGCCCGGCGGAACGAGAGGGAGAGGAACCGGGUGAAGCUGGUCAACCUGGGCUUCGCCACCCUCCGGGAGCAUGUGCCCAACGGCAGCGCCAACAAGAAGAUGAGCAAGGUGGAGACCCUGCGCUCUGCGGUGGAGUAUAUCCGGGCGUUACAGCAACUUCUGGAUGAACACGAUGCAGUGAGCGCGGUUUUCCAAGCCGGCCUGAUCUCCCCCACUCUCUCCACCGAGAUCAACUCCAUCGCUAGCUCUCCCGUCUCAUCCUGCUCCUCCGAGGAGGUAACCAGCGAACCUCUGAGUCCUGAGGAACAGGAACUCCUAGACUUUGCCAGCUGGUUUUGAGCGGUCUCUCACUCUCUCCAUUUAUCUCUCUCUCCAUCUAUCUAUCUAUCUCCAUCUAUCGCUCUCCAUCUAUCUCUCUCUCUCUCUCCAUCUAUCUCUCUCCCUCUUUCUCUCCAUCUAUCUCUCUCUCCAUCUAUCUAUCUCUCUCUCCAUCUAUCUCUCUCUCCAUCUAUCUAUCUCUCCAUCUAUC